AUGUCUGACGCCCCUGACACCACCUUCUCUGCUGGCGAGUCUAAGCUGUUGAUCAGCAUCAUCAAGAACUUGACUGGUAACCUUGAGUCCGACUGGGACGCCGUCGCCGCCGAACUGAACUACAAAGAUGCCGCCAUCGCCCGCACCCGCUGGAACCAGAUCCGCCGCAAGAAGAUUACGGGCCCUGCUUCCGCUUCCUCCUCCACCACUACUGCCAAGAAGACUGGUGCUAAGAAAGGCGCCGCCAAGAAGGGCAAGAAAGCCGCUUCUGAGUCUGAGGAUGAUGACGAGGGUGAGACCAAGGCUGUGAUCAGGACCGAGGAGGAGGACGAAGACGAGGAUGAAGAGGAAGAGGCAAAGCCCGCUGCAAAGAAACGCGGUCGUCCUGCCAAGACUGCUGCUGCUGCUGCAAAGAAGACUGGAGGGAAGAAACGCAAGGCUGCUGCCACUGCUGUCUCUGACAGCGAGGACGAGCAAGAGAUGAAGACUCUGGUCAAGAAAGUCAAGACUGAAGUUGUUGAGGAAGAAGCUGCUGUCGGCGCUGCUGCAGACGCUGAGACUCCUCCUGAAGCUGAAGUUCCCGCUGAUGCUGGAGACAAGGCCGACGCUGCUGUCGACAAUGCCCCCACCGCCGCCUCCGACAACGAAGAAGAAGAAGAAGACACCAAGCCCGCCCCCAAGAAACGCGGUCGUCCUGCAAAGGCCACUGCCAGACGCGGUCCCGCCAAGAAGGCUGCUGCAAACAAGACCGGACGCAAGGCCGCCACCGCCACUACUGCCGCUUCCGAUGAUGAAGAUGAAGAGGAAGGAAGCACUCUUGCCAAGAAGGUCAAGAACGAAGGUGCUGGAGAUGAGGAAGCUGGUGUCGACGCUGAUGAGGAGUAG